AUGCAUCUAUUCCUCGUCCGGCACGGGGAGACAGAGCAUAAUAUUGCCGGUCUCCUUGCUGGCGUUUCUGAUUCAAGAUUAACCAACCAUGGAGUGGCGCAAACCCAACGGUUAGGUAGAUACCUCACGACUCACCGCAAUUUACGAUUCACACGUAUAUAUGCCUCUGAUCUUCAACGAGCGUAUAUGACGGCCGAAGAGCUUCAGAGACACCAAGCGGCCAAGUCCAUUGGCGAGCAGAGAGUACCAGAGGUCGUCAAGCUCGAGCUUCUGAGAGAACAAGAUUUUGGAUCAUUGGAACUUGCACCUUGGACCUCGAGGCGGGCACAACAUGCCUUUGAUCCUCAUGUGCCGAAUCAAGAAGAUCCAAGUUUUAGGCCACAGGAGACCGCCGAGAGCAUGCAAAGCAGGGCUGACUCGUUUUUGGCCGAUUUCAUUCUCCCCUUGCUCGCUACAUACCCAGAUGAUGCACAAGACACAGUACAGGAAUGCGUCGCAGUCGUCUCCCACGGCCUUUUUUUGUCGGUGUUAUGGCAGUCGCUAUUAAGCAAGUUUAAUGCUCAUCGAGUGACUCUUGGUCCCAACGUUGAAAUCCUCAGGUACGGCCGACCCUUAGAGUACCUUCCGGCUUGGAACAAUACAGCUUUCCUGGAGUUGACAAUUCACCGGGUCCCGACCAAAAGCACGACGUCACGGAAAAUCGAGCCUGCAGUGGGAAAUCAGAGAAUUUUACUACCACUUAGCGGACAUUCUAUGACUGUUCAUGUCAUCAAUGGCAAAGACCACUUGCUUGAUCUCAAGCGUGCGCCGGGUGGUCUGGGUUCAUCGCCUUAUGACGCGCGUCAGAAAAGCCUGGAUGGUUUCUUCAAAGGUCCAAAAUGCGGAGGGCCUGGCUCUAAAGGCAUUCCUUGA